UUAUACAGAGAAACCAAAACAAGUAUAAUUUGAAGGGUUGUUCGUGCGCAUGCGUACUGUAGGCGGGACUGACCCAUAUAAAUUAGUAGGAAGAUCGUUUGACCGGAGUGACAGACUGUCAACGAGGAGGCACCAACACGGUCUGUGUCUGUUAAAAAUUCAAGCAGGAUAUUAACCAGCGAGUCCACACCAAGGCAGAUUCCAAAUGUCCUGUUGAACCAGCUUCAUCAGGGAACCUCUGCAGUGAAAGCGAUGGCCUUCUACUCCUCACAGAGUCAAGCCUCCAACUCAGCGAGGGUCAAAGCAACUCGCCUUUAAAUCCCAAAUCUGGCCAUUUAGCAUCACUGCUGUACAGCAUGGUACCUGUGGACUACGGCAAACUGCUGGAGGAAGGCGAGGGCAGCACAGAGGCUGAGGCGGACAGCUACCGAAAUGGCACCUUCGCGGGCAGCAGAGGUCUCUCGGACAAUGAUGGAGCGUGUCCCUCCGAGAUGGAGCUCCUGCUGCCCGCGGGUGGCCUCUUUGUGGAGGAGGGGCAGCAGGCCAAGGAGGCAGAGCCGCACAAAGCUGCCCUGAAGAUGCCCAGAGAGUCAGCCCUGGUCAUGACACUGCAGAUCCUACUGCCCUUCCUGCUGGCAGGCUUUGGCACAGUCUCUGCCGGCAUGGUGCUCGACGUGGUGCAGCAUUGGGAGGCCUUUCAGAAUGUCACUGAGAUCUUCAUCCUGGUGCCAGCCCUUCUAGGCCUCAAGGGGAACCUGGAGAUGACUCUGGCAUCCAGACUAUCAACGGCGGUGAACGUAGGGAAGAUGGACUCUCCCAUUGAGAAGUGGAACUUAAUAGUUGGCAACCUGGCACUGAAGCAGGUGCAGGCUACGGUGGUGGGCUUCCUGGCCGCCAUGGCAGCCUCGGCCCUGGGUUCGAUUCCCGAAGGCAAGUUUCAGAUGAGACACACCUUGCUGCUCUGUUCCAGCAGCGUGGCAACCGCCUUCAUUGCAUCGCUGUUGCAAGGCGGCAUCAUGGUGGGCAUCAUCGUCGGCUCAAAGAAAAAGGGCAUCAACCCCGACAACGUGGCCACGCCCAUCGCCGCCAGUUUCGGUGACCUCAUCACUCUGACUAUCCUGGCAUGGGUCAGCCAGGGCUUGUACAGCUGCCUGGAUUCCCAGCCGUACGUGUCAGGCCUCGUCUGCGCCUCCUUCCUCUCCCUGACUCCAGUCUGCAUCCUGGUCUCCUUCUGGCACCCUGCCAGUCACUCACUGCUCUUCUCGGGCUGGGAGCCGGUCGUCUCCUCCAUGGUCAUCAGCAGCUUUGGAGGACUCAUCCUGGACAAAACCCUGUCCAAUCCGAACCUGGCUGGCAUUGUGGUCUAUACACCCGUAAUUAACGGUAUCGGAGGCAAUCUUGUUGCCAUCCAGUCCAGCCGAAUCUCCACAUACCUGCACUUCCACCAGCACGCCUGGAGAGGCACCAGACGAGGCCCAGGUCUGUUACCAGCCCUGCUUGACCUUCAGUGGCACAGGGCCCAACCAGCGCUCAGCCCAGGUGUUGCUCCUCCUCGUCAUCCCUGGUCACAUGGUCUUCCUUUACGGUCAUCAGCCUGA